AUGGAUAUACAAACAAUUUAUUAUGAUAAAUCCGAAUAUGUGGAAACAGCUACGGGUAACAAGGUAAAUCGGAAAUCAAGAUUAUUCGGUAGUCAGAAUAUUGUACUGAAUGGAAAAUCAACAUUAAUGAAAGAUUGUAUUUUACGUGGUGAUAUGCAUAAUAUUCGAACCGGUAGAUAUUGUGUUGUUGGUGAGCGUACUGUCAUUCGACCAUCCUAUAAACGUUUCAGUAAAGGAUUGACAUUCUUUCCUGUGCAUAUUGGUGAUCAUGUAUUUAUUGGAAAUGAUUGUAUAGUAAUGGCUGCCGAGAUUGGAGCAUUUGUACAUAUUGGUAAUAAUGUAGUAAUUGGUCGUAGUGUAAUAAUUAAGAGCUGUGUACAGGUGCUGUCAAAUACAGUAGUGCCACAUGAUGCUGUUAUUCCACCUUUUUCCAUUGUAGGAGGUAAUCCAGGUACCAUUAUUGGACAUUUACCAGAAUCAACGCAAGAAUUAAUGACACAAGCGACACGCAGUUUUUAUGAUAAUUUUGUGCCGGAGUCGAAAAACCCAUCCAUUGUUGCUUAG